AUGUCGUUGAAGGCAAUCUCAGCCAAAGAUGCCGCGUCACUUGACAAAGACCUCAUGGAGACUGGUGGCUGGUCUCUAGACCAGUUAAUGGAGCUAGCGGGCCUCUCUGUCUCUCAAGCCGUCUGGAAGAUCCAUCCCCCUAGUGCAGGCAAGAAUAUUCUAGUUGUCUGUGGACCAGGCAAUAAUGGGGGAGAUGGCCUUGUAGCUGCUCGGCACCUAGUCCACUUUGGCUAUACACCAUCGAUUUACUACCCAAAACAAGGCAAAAACGAGCUCUACCAACGCCUCAAAACCCAACUCCAAAACCUCUCAGUCCCCUUCAUAGACGAUUUCCAACCAGCCCUAAAGACGACAGACUUCCUUGUUGAUGCAAUCUUCGGCUUCUCCUUCGGUGGGCCACUGCGUGAUCCCUUCGGUGACAUCGUCUCGCAAAUCGAAGCUGCCAACGUUCAGGUGUUGAGUGUUGAUGCGCCCAGCUCGUGGGAUAUCCAGAGCGGACCACCAAAAGAAGGACCCGGUGCGAAGUUCAUGCCGCAUGCGCUGGUCAGUCUAUCUGCGCCUAAGCCAUGUGUGGCGUUUUAUCGGGGCAGGCAUUUUAUUGGCGGUAGGUUCUUAACGAAGGACCUAACUGAAAAGUAUGGGCUUGAUUUGCCCAAGUAUCAGGGUGUUGAUCAGGUUUUGGAGAUUGGGGUUGAUGCGGAGGGGAGAUUGUAA